AUGACGGCCGGCUGGGAAGACCAGUCCAAACGCAAGGUCGUCAUCGCGAAAUUUCAAGCCGUCACGGACGAGAUCGAGCUGAGGAAUCAUGAACAACACAUGGCGGAAAACGGCUGGAAAUACUGCAAGCAUGGAGACAAGCACUGGGACUGCCCGGAAUGCUGCGACGCGUGGGCCGCGGGCUGCGAGGAUACCGACGAGGAAGUUCAAGACGUGUGGGAGUUGCCGCCGGCCGUCGACUCCGCCGAGGCGACCAUCCCCGUGGAAAUCGCCGCGAUCAUCGACGGGUCGGAGGCCAUCUCCGUCGCCGCCGUCGGCGUGUUCGAAGCGGCGGAGGCGCUGGCCGACGGCGCGGCCGCGGUCCCGGCGCCCAUCGACGUCGAGCGCCUCACGCCCGUCCAGCUCGCCGAACUCAUCGGCCGCGCGGCCUCGUCCCUCAACUCGAAGGCGCGCGCCUUCGCCGACGCCAUCCAGGAAGACUAA